AUGCCCGUCUCCUUCCGAUUAAAUUUGAACUUGAUUUCGAUUGCAGUAAAGGCGUCUUCAUUUAUCCUGCCGCCAUUGGAUAAACCACUUCGUCCAUUCUGGAUCUCCCCGCGAUCGUCUGUCCUCCCAUCCUUUGGACAAGAUCCCGAGUUCUAUCCAGUGAUAUGUAUCUCCGCAUCCAAGGUUAUUUCGGAUGGAUUGGAAAGACGACAGGCCGGAUAUACGUAUAUUCAAGGCUCUGGAGAUGACCAUGAAUCUUGGAGUAUGGGCCUCACACCUCCUAUCUACUGGGAGCGCAAGAGAGAAUUACUCGCUGUCACCCAGGACGACCUUCCCAACACCGUAAAGCAGAUCGUUCUAGAAGAAUCCGAUAAAAUUAUGGUUUUGCAUGAGAACAUUUUCUAUAUCGAUGCCGUAGGAGGACAAAUAGCCUACUGGUGCGGUAGAACUGAGCCGCAAGGGGUGUCGAUCAUUAUACGCUCUGGAGAAUCGACCUCGAUUCAACGACAAGAAACAUCGCUGGUGAUUACAGCGGCAAACGGGAAGAGGAAGCCGCUCGACCUUUUGCAUCUGGUGCUACCUGCUGUUGACUCGUUUGGACGCAAAUGGUUGGACGACAGCGGGCACCGUGUUAUUAUCGUAGACCAGGACGCAAGAUAUGAUGAAGGAAUUGGGAUUCUCAUGCUUUUACUUGGAAGCUUCUUUGAUGACGAUGGAAGAGAGGUACAAGCAAUGUCGAAUCCUGUUUAA